UAUUCUCUCUGAUUAUAAAAAAAAAAAAAAAAUAACAAAUUGAAAAUGUACUUUGUUAUUUAAAAGUAUUAUUAGUAGUUUAUAAAUCAUGAUUAGUUAUAAGAUACAUUCAAAUAUUUUCACAAUAAGGAACAUGUAAUUAUAUGGGGUUUUACUAAUAUAUAUUUAGCUUUCGAUCAUUUCAUUGAAAUGACUUAUUUUAAUAGAUACGUCCACUUUACCAUUUCUUGUAAAAUUGUUCAAUGAAUUUUAUAUAGGUUAGUGGUAUAUUUCGUUUGAUACAACCCUGGUUAGCAAUGUUUCUGGAAAAUAACAGUAGGAGGCACUUCAAUACAUUACCACCAUUGGUCACGAUACAAAAUUUAGUUUAUGGGGAAAUUUGAUAUUCUGAUUUAUUUAUUUUAAAUAAUAAUUAUAAUGUUUUAUCAUUAUUAGUAAUCAUUUAUUAAGAAAAGUUUCUUAAUUAAUUAUUACUGAAAACUAUCAUUUUUUAUUUUUAGUAAUAAUCAAAAUUUGUAACAUUUGUAAUGUGAGUUUAGAAAAGUGUUUGCGUCCAUUCUUGUUAUAGCCACAGGUUCAAACGCAACUGUCAGAAGAGCGGGAUUCAGUAAAUUUGUUUAGUUGGACCGUAAUACUCAGUUUCUUCUUUAUUGGUUUUAUUUAAAAUAGUUCUGCAUAAUUUGUUAAAAUGUCUCAUAAUGUCUCCAAAUCUAGUCCACAUGGAUUUUGCGAUGCAAUAUUUUCUAUGUCACCAAUAAAAUUCGACAAAGAAAACAAGUCUCCAGCAAAAGAAGUAUCAAGAGCAUCACACCGUAAUAUAUUUGCUGAAUCACCUACAAUAAAAAAUCAAAAUAAAACAAAACAAUUAUUAUAUAAGAAACAUAAGUUAUAUACAAGAAAUGAGAUUUCUCAAUUUCUUGAUCCAUUAAAGAGAUCAUCUAACGUUGAUGAUAAACAUUCUAGAUCUACAAAUACAUUACAAAACAAUGAUUCUUUCAUAUCCGGUAAUAUAGUGAAAACUCCAUUAAAAGCAGAAUCAGUAUCCAGAUUAUCUGAUAAUAAAGCUGUUUCUGGAUAUUUAUAUACACCAAAGCAGCAUAGAACGUGUUUAACUCCACGUAAUACGAAGAUGAAUAUAUUACCUACUUCUAAGACUCCUACAAAAAGAUAUUUCAGUGAUCACAAUCUAUCACAAGCGACCCCUGAUUGUUUUAGUAAAGUACAACUUGAAACACCUAGUAUUAAAUUUAAUGAUAUUGGUAUCGAUGAAGCUAUUGAAGGUGAAAAUAGUAAUUUAACAGUGGGUAUACGUGUGAGACCUUUGAAUUUAAAAGAAUUAAGUGAGAUGAAAAUUGCUUCAGUUAUAAAUAUUGAUGGUCAAAACAUUAGUGUAGAUUGUGAAACAUCACUACAUAGAUUUACAUAUGAUCAUUGUUUUGCUUCUUACUCUGAUUCGUCAAUGCCUAAACAUGCUAGUCAAGAAGUUAUUUUUAAUACUAUGGUACUACCAUUAGUGCAAAAUGCAUUCGAAGGUUACAACGUAUGCCUGUUUGCAUAUGGUCAAACAGGAUCUGGUAAAAGUUAUAGCAUGAUGGGUAUUGAAUCUUCUCAAGAAAAUUCUGUAGGUCUUGAUAAAGAGGCUGGUAUCAUACCACGAUUUUGCCAAGAAAUAUUUACACAAAUACCCAGUAAUAAAAAUUUUAAGACAACAGUAGAGAUAAGUUAUUUUGAAAUUUACAACGAAAAGAUACAUGAUCUUCUAGCAAGUGCUAGCAAUGGAGAUAAAAGGACAGCUCUUAAAGUUAGAGAACAUCCAGUUUUUGGACCUUAUAUUGUAGAUUUAAGUCAGCAUUGUAUAAAAAAUUAUAAAGACUUACAGAUUUGGUUGAAAGUAGGUAAUUCUCAGAGAGCAACAGCAGCAACUGGUAUGAAUGAAAAAAGUUCACGAUCGCAUAGUAUUUUCAGUAUUAUAUUAACUCAAACACAAUUGAAUGAUUUGAAAUGUGCAUCCACUGAUGCAAGUCGUCGUAGUAAAAUAAAUUUAGUUGACCUAGCAGGUAGUGAAAGAUUAAGUCAAACCUGUGCCAGUGGAAAUAGAUUAAGGGAAGGUGUAUCUAUUAAUAAAUCUCUUCUUACCUUGGGGAAGGUGAUCGCAUCACUUGCAGAAAGUACAAACAAUCGCAAACGAGGUUUUGUUCCAUACCGUGAAUCCGUUCUAACAUGGCUACUAAAAGAAAGUCUGGGUGGAAAUUCUCGAACGGCAAUGUUAGGUACAGUUUCACCAGCUAACAUCCAUCUCGAAGAAACCUUAGCAACCCUUCGAUAUGCAUGCCAAGCACGAGCUAUCGUUAAUCGCAUUCGAAUUAAUGAAGAUCCACAUGACAGAUUAAUUCGCGAAUUGAAGGCGGAAGUCUUACGAUUACGAGGAGUUCGUGAAGGAUAUGAAAGACAACUUGGAGUUUGUCCACGUAAGCUGGUUGAUAGCAUAGAAUCAAACGUAAAAGACAGUAAGGAGAUUGAACGAAAGCAAGAAGAAAUUAACAGGUUAAAAGAACAAUUGAAAAAAACAGAGGAACAACUUGCUGCCACUCAAAAGAGCAGCUUGGAAAAAUUACAGGAAACCGAAGAAAGAAAGAAUUCCGAGCUAAAAUAUUUACGACGUUGUGGAAUAGCAGUUGAAAUUGAUUUACGUGAGAAGGAUAAACAACCAUGUUUGAUAAAUCUCACUGCUGAUCCUAUGUUAUCCGGUACACUGUUGUAUUUAAUUCCGCCUGGUUUGGUACGCAUUGGAAAACAUUCAGAGAACUCAGAAACCUUUAAAAAAGUACCAUUGGAUAUCGUUUUGGAUGGGCCACUCGUUAGAAAAUUGCACUGUACUAUAGAAAAUAAGAAUGGUAAGCUUAUGUUGUUGCCAGAAAUGGAUGGUGAUACCUUUGUGAAUGGUCAGGUGGUGAGUGGCAAAGUACAUCUGAAACAUGGCGAUCGACUUGUCAUAGGUGGCAAUCAUUACUUCAAAGUUUCAAAUCCACAUGAUGAGACUGGAAACAUACAAAUUUCUUCUCAAGCUAUAGAUUUUGAAUUUGCACAUCAAGAAAUACUUAAAAUACAAGAAGAAAAAUUAAGAGCAGAACUCGAGGAAUCAAAACAGAAAGCCAUAAAGGAAUUAGAAAAUGCAAAACGAGAAGUUGAGCUACAACUUGGCUCCCAAAAGUCUACUUAUGAACGUAAAAUCGAGGUUCUUGGUAGUACGUUGGAAGAACAAAAAUUAGCAUUGGAAGAAAUAAAUCGUCGUAAACAGGAAUUCGAAUUAGAAAAGGAGAUACUCGCUAGUGAAAUAGAAACGAAUAAUAGAAUCAGAAAGAUUCAACAAGUGGAAACUAAACCAAACGUGUCACCGUACAAGUCAAAUUUUCUUCAAGAAUUAGAAAGUAUAUUGAACGAAACGACUGCAGAUUUUGAAAGUGCCCUCAAAAUCAAAACCAGCGCUGAAACUAUAAAAGCUGGUGGUAUUAGUUUACACGAGAUGCAAAUACUCGUUAGAGAAGCAACUGAACGAUGUAGAGAAGUUGGCAUAAAUUAUGAAUUUAAUCAACAGCAGACUCUAAUUGAUAAGAAUCUGAAACCUGUGAUUCGUGUUCGAGAUAAAGAUCGUAAAAGGGAAACAUUGUGGGAACCAAUGCGAUUUUUAGAUUGGGUUCAUCAAUUGCGUGAUUAUGAUAUAGAAAAUUCGUUGAAAGAGUUACAGAAUUCAGAAAAUGAUUGGAUACCUUUCGAAGAUACCGAAACGUUCGAUGAUUCUUUAAAUAAUAGUAGAAUUUCUAUAAAUUUAACACCUGUGAAGAAACAUUUGAAUGAAAGUUUUCAACAGUUAUCUAUAGAUACGUCGAUGCACGAUUCAACGAUGCAAGAAGAAAUAUCCGAAUCUCAACAGCGCAAAAACGUAAGUAUUUAUCUCAUGCAAAUUGAACGCGCGACACAAUCUUUAAGUAAAUUAUGCCAACAAUGUGAAAGUUCUGAGAUCAACAACACAAUUAGCGAUUCUUUAGAUAGAGUACAAAAUAUUAUUGUUGAUAUAAGAAGUAUGUUGCUCGUUAAAAAUUUAAAGGAUAGUAAGAAUGAGAGUGUAAUUCGUGCAAAUAGUUCUGGUACAACAACUUCGACACCGUCUUCUUUAUCUGAUUAUAUGACAGGAGAAGCAGAUGAUAGUUCUGACAGCAAAGGCAGUAUACCUUUCAACUUAAAAUCUGUGGAACCUUUGGUUUCAUUGUCUAAGGCAACAUCUGAUGAAGAUUUACAAAGAAUGGUAGAGAAAUGUAAACAGAUGGUGUUAGAAAGUGCAGAAUGUUCAGACGAAAGAAAAUGGCUUGUAAGGCGUUUAAUUGAAUUACGUUUACGAGUUCAAGAGUUGCGAGAAACAUCAGAUCAGAAUCUUCUUGAAACUCAUGUAAUUCUUGGUCAUCAUUUGGUUCCUCAGAAGUAUCAUAUAACUUCUUCUGGACCGGUAUAUUGCGAUCAUUGUAGUGGCACCAUUUGGAUGAUGCUGCAGUCUUGGUAUAUGUGUAGUGAUUGUAGGUUCUGUGUUCAUUGGAAAUGUUUAAAUAAUAUAUGUCGUGUGUGUGUACAUGUCAUUGCUAGCGAAGCUGGUGGUUAUACUUAUACUAAAGACAUUUGUCCAGAAAGAGGAUUAUCUAGUCAAGGAUAUCGCUGUGCAGAGUGCAAGAUACGAAUAACGUUUACAUUCCCAAAAGGAUUGUCAUUAUCUUGUUUUGGUAGCCCUUUUAAAAGUUCAGAAUCAGCAUGGGUAGAGCCAAGACUAUGCGACUAUAGUGGUUUAUAUUACUGUCAGAGAUGUCAUUGGAAUACAACUAUGGUAAUACCUGCAAGAGUUAUUAGAAAUUGGGAUAUGGAACCAAGGCUUGUUUGUCGUGCUGCAGCUCAAUUAUUGGCACUCCUUGAAGAUCGUCCAUUUUUACUACUGGAAGAAUUAAAUCCAAAAUUGUUUACAUUAGUCCCAGAUUUGUCCUUAGUAAAAAGAAUGAGAGAAGAAAUACAGAUGAUGAAGCGUUAUUUGGUAAUCUGCCCAGAAGCUAAUACACAAGGAUUACCAUGGAAAGUUGGAUUGCGUACACAUAUAAUUGAAAAUCAUGGAAAUUAUUCGAUAAAAGAUCUCAUUGAUCUACAAAGUGGUGCUUUACUUGAAGAAAUUCGUAUUGCUUAUGAUAUUAUGCAUGUUCAUAUUACUGAACAAUGUGAAUUAUGUAAAGCUAGAGGUCAUUUGUGUGAAGUGUGUGGGAAUAAUGAAGUUAUAUAUCCCUGGGAUGCCUGUGCAAUUAGUUGCCAACAAUGUCUAGCUGUGUAUCAUCGUGCCUGUUGGUCUAAACGAAAUCAUUCUUGUUCACGAUGUGUACGGCUUGAAAAACGUCGAGCUUUAGAAGAAGGAGAACCUUCAAAUAUUAAGAACCUUUCUAAAAAUGAAUCACCUGAACAUCAUACAGUUAAAAAUUCGCUUGAGUGAAUAAAUGUUAUUUGAAAAAAUUUAUGAAUAAUUUUCGUAUAUUUGUUAUGUUGGAGAAAAUGAAAAAAAAAGAAGAAGAAGAAGAAAAGAGUUAUGUGUGUAGUCACCAUUCAUUGUAAGUUGCAACAUAAUUAUAAGAUGUUACAAUUUGUGAUAUAUAAUUUUAAAUGACUGUUUCGUAAUUGUGAAUAUAAUAAAUUAUACCUUGUUAAUAUAUAUAUUUUUAUAUUUUAGUCUAUAUAAGUGCAAUUUGAUUAAAUGUUAAUCAGUAUUUAUUGAAAUAAAUUGUGAUUAUAUGGUAGACGAGAUAUACAGAAACGUUUUGUAAGAGCUAUUUUUAGAAAUUAUCGUAAGUAGACAAUAAGACGAAUAUUUUUUAUAUUUUUUCAAAAUAUCGCGUAAUUUUGAAAUUUAUUAAUCGAGAACAAGGCUGUCACUAGUGAUCUUUAAAUAGUUAAUGACAUGUCAUUAUUUAUGAAAUAUAGAAACAUCUGCACAAUAAAUACAAAUGCGCAAUAAAUAGGAAUGUUCAGUAAACAAAGAGAACUUGACUUUAUAAGACAUUGAUAAAUUGCAGUUAUGUUUGUCAAAGUUAAGUUAUUUAAUAGUCCUACAUGCAAAGGUUAUUUUUCAAGGUUUUUCAUUUCAAAAAGUCUUUUAUUUUGUUUUUGUUAUAAGUUGUGGUUGCAAUACGAGAAUAAGA